CUCGAUUACGUAUACUGCUCUAGAAGUAGAAGAAGUAAUGUGCGGUUUCUUGAAUAUUGUUGUUGAUCAAAAUACAUCUAUUGCCAAUAGUAUUCGCCAGUGUAUGAUAACAUGAUAACUUUAUCAUCAAGAUAGCUUCCCAUAAAUCAACACCUACUGAUUCCUCGCGGAAAACUCAGAAUGAUAUAACACAAGUUAAAUAUGAAGAAGCGAUGUAUCAACCUCAACAAACUUGGAAGAUAUAACACUAAUUAAAUGUGAAGAAGAGAUUGGUCAGACAGAAGACACUCAGAAUGAUACAACGCUAGUUAACUAUGAAGAAGAGAUUUAUCAGGUGCAACAAACUCAGAAUGAUAUAAUGCUAGCUAUCUAUGGAGCAGAGACUUAUCAGGUGCAACAAACUCAGAAUGAUAUAACGCUAGCUAACUAUGAAGCAGAAACUUAUCAACCACAACAAACUCAGAAGGAUGUAUUACUAGAUAUGACAGAUCAGCCUCAUCAAACUCGGGAUAAGGCCAUCCAGACUCAGACCAGUACUGCACAAUCCUCAACCCAGACAGAUAUAUCGCUGGUGUUUGAUCAGUCACUGUCGUUGCAUACGGUAAAUCUGGACGAAAUCCCUCCUGAGGUGUGCUAGCUGAUUACAAAUCAUUAUCAGAAUAUUUUGAUAAAACAGCUGCAGCAGGAUCAUAGCAAAAGGUUACCAACAAGCAAGAACUGUGAUGUGGAUGCGAGUCCAAGUCCUUUAUCUCCACAGUGUGCAAACCAUCGGGCAUCAGGACAGGCCAGAUAUAAAGUGUCACCAGGUAAAACAAGAGAUGGUAGAUCAGAUCUGAAUAAAAUUCCAUGCACUUUAAGAUCAGGAUUGGGAAAAAGUGAGUUGACCUCAUAUUCACCAAACAAUUUCAGGUCAGCAAAGGCCGACGUUAAAAUCUCAUCAAGACCAGAAAAGGACAACAUGCAUUCCAGAAUAGUCCGCAUAGAUCUCUUACAUUAACCAGGCAGGCCUAGACAGAGCGAGUUGUGACAUUAAUUAGUAGACACUGCAAUAGAUCGCCAUAACAUUCAUCUGCAAGACGAUGACAUAGUUAUCUCUGACAUUAAACAGGUAGAUCUUGAAAGAAAAACUUGUGACCUUGAUCAGCCAGUCAUUGAAGUAGAUAGCUAUGACAUUAACCAGGUAUAUCUUGAAAGAGAGACACGUGACAUGGAUCAGCCAGUCAUUGAAGUAGACAGCUAUGACAUUAAACAGGUAAAUCUUGAAAGAAAGACUCGUGACAUGGAUCAGCCAGUCAUUGAAGUAGAUAGCUAUGACAUUAAACAGGCAGACACAGAAGCAAACGACUGUGGUAUCAACCAAUCAGACAAAAAAGCAAAUGACCCUGACAUUAACCAGACACACGAGGAAGCAGAUAUUAACAUUUUGCGAGGAAUCGGUGAACCUGAUAACAAUGACAUUAAACAAGCAGAAGUAGGAGACACCACAGACAUUAAGACUGAGUGUGGUUACAGUGUGGAGAAGCCAUUUAUGUGCAAGAUAUGUGCAGAACGUUUCUCAAACAUUGAGCAUCUUCAAAGACACAUCAUUGCCCAUGUACAAACCUCUAAUGCACAGUAUCUCGAAAGAUAUAUUUCUGCCUAUGUUGGGGAUGCUCCAUUCGAGUGUAAUAUUUGUAAAAUACAUUAUGCAACUACUAUUCUGCUUGAGAGAGAUGUCGCAAGACAUCUUGGCAGAAAAGCAGCUACCUGUGAGUUAUGUUCAACGUCAUUUGUAUGUGACAAGACUCUACAGGCACAUAAGCGAAUCCAUUGUAAUGUCAGAUCGUUUGAAUGUCAAGUUUGUCACAAAUGCUUUAAGUCAAAAUAUGUCUUGAAAAACCAUCAGUUGAAUCAUUCAGAUGAAAAACCGUAUACAUGUGAAGUUUGUGGCAAACGCUUUAAAUGGAUUGCUUCCUAUAGAAGCCACAUUGUCAUUCAUUCUAAUAAGAAAAAUCGUUACAAGUGUGGACUGUGCUCUAAAGCUUAUGAUGUUAAAGAAAACCUCAAAUUACAUCAAACGGUGAAUCACUUAAAUGUGAAAUUCCAGUGUGAUCUUUGUUACAAAAGUUUUCAAGCACCCUAUUAUCUAAAGAGACAUGUCAGAUAUUUUCAUACGAAUGAAAAACCUUUUAAAUGUGAAGUUUGUUCAAGAGCUUUUAAGAUGGCUGCCUGGUUAAGACGUCAUAUGCAGGUUCACAAUAAGCCUGAUCUCAAAUGUGAUGUCUGCUCAAAACGUUAUAAGUUUGCUAAAGUGUUUGAGCGGCAUAAGCUGGUUCACAAUGCUGGAGGUAGAAAAUAUUUUCAGUGUGACCAAUGUCCUAAAAGGUAUGAUACAAGACCUAAUCUCAAGGCACACCAGUCGGUGAUUCAUUUAAAGGUGAAUUAUACAUGUGAUGUUUGUUCAAAAUCCUUCACAUCAUUAUAUUACAUGAGGAAUCACAGAACCAUCCAUUUCGAUGAAGUAAAGAUUGUCUGUGAUAUCUGUUCUAAGAGAUUUAUUAGCAAAUCAGCUUUGCGACAACAUAUGUCUAUCCAUUCCAGUCAGAGAUUCAAAUGUCAGGAGUGCACAAAGACUUACAAGUCGAAGUGUACUCUCAGGGUCCACACCAUGAGUCAUAAGACAGGAAAGCCAUACAAGUGUGAAGUCUGCUCAACAUGUUUCUUAGCGCAUUCCCAGUAUCAACAGCACUUGAACAUACACACUGGACUGAAACCAUACACUUGCAAGAUCUGUUCCCUUGACUUUCCAAUGCGCCGUUACCUCACAACACACAUGCAUACUCACACAGACAAAUACAAAUGCGAUGUUUGUUCCAAGUCGUUUAGAUCCCGCAACAUUCUUAAUACACAUCAGUGGGUCCACACUGGGGUGAAACCAUUUUUGUGUGAAUUUUGUUCAGAUGGUUUUGCGUCUGCUAAGAGUCUUAAAUAUCAUAUGACAACUCACUUGAAAGAGAAAGAGUUUUUGUGCAAAGUUUGUUCAAAGAGUUUUGUUGAUGCUAAGGAUUUUAGAUCUCAUAUGAAAAUUCAUCCUAAAGAAAAAGAGUUUUUGUGCGAAGUUUGUUCGAAGAGUUUUGUUGCUGUGCAGAAUCUUAAAAAUCAUAUGAAGACUCAUUCUAAAGAAAAAGAGUUUUUGUGUAAAGUUUGUUCGAAGAGUUUUGUUUCUGCGCAGAAUCUUAAAAAUCAUAUGAAGACUCAUUCUAAAGAAAAAGAGUUUUUGUGUAAAGUUUGUUCAAAGAGUUUUAUUGCUGCUCGGAAUCUUAAAAAUCAUAUGAAGACUCAUUCUAAAGAAAAAUAGUUUUUGUGUAAAGUUUGUUUGGAGAAUUUUGUUGAUUUUAAGAAUCUUAAAUCUCAUGAAAACUCAUCGUACAGUGAAAGAGUUUUCAUGUGAAGUUUGUUCGAAGCGUUGGGUUAGUGCAAAUAAUCUUAAAUGUCAUAUGAAUAUUCAUGAGAAGUGAAGCAGUAAUUAUCAGAUUGGUUUGUUGUUUCUGCCUCCUUGGAAUACAUAUGGAACUUCAUUUGUAAAGUUGGAGUUUAUUUCAUUGUAAAUACAAAAAUGUUUGGUGUGAAGUUAAUUCGAAGUAGUUUUAGUCUUGCUACAGCUUUGAUUCCAUGGAAGUUAUGAGAAGAAAUCCUUUAGAUGCAAUGUCUUAAAAUGUUUUUUUCCACAACCAUGUACUUUAAAAAAAAAAAAAAAAAAAACCCCAUUAAAAUGGCACAGUGCU